UUGCUUGCUCCAAGCUCCGUCCAAAUGUUAUCCACGUUUUCCAACCAGGUUAUUCAAGUAAAUCCACGGUCAGUACUUCGCCCCGAGUAUUUUGAGCAUCCUUAUCACCGGUCAAACGAACGGUUCACUAAGCCGGCUUCAUUGGAUGAACGCUAUAACACGAAUACAGCCCCCGUGUACUCUUCAAAUUACCAUGGUCCCGGCAAAAAGCGACUGAGUCGAAGGACAUACAAUCACCCUUAUUCGCGCCCAAACCGAAAUUCCGUGCUCCGUGUUCCCUCGCCGCACCUUAUCAGCCCAAUUCUGGACAAUUCUUUCUGCCAUACGGCGUGCAGCCUCCCCGUGAAGCAUUACGUUUCCUCGGACUCUGACGAAUCAUCACAUUUCCCCAAUGCGCCGCGCUUUGCGUGUCCUAAGUUUCCCUCUGGAUCACUUCCCUCACGAUAUCCGAAGCCCGGCGGCCAAAACAAAUCUCAACGUGAAUGUCCAAAUACCACUAGAUCGUCCGCUCAUGGACAAGCCGAGCAACUUCGCAGGUCUCGAGAAUCGAACACUUUUGCCCUUAUUGAUGCCCUUUUGUCUAAACCUCCACUCAGCCAGAUAAGAGAUAUGUAUAUUCAGACCCGUACCGCCAGCAAUCCAUCUUCCAGUCACUCAGCGUCUCGUGCUACGAAAAAAGUGAACUUAUCCGUUGUGCAUCUUGCGGUUCGUUUUCGCAUUAAGGAAUACCUUCGAAAUUUGCAAGAUUAUGCAAGGUUUCUACUGGAUACUUUGUUUUCCAGUAUGUUUGAUGACUAUCAAUGUGGAAUGCGGAAUGAGCUCGCUACUAAACUUCUUGGUUUAUCCCGUCAACCCUGUACUCCGCAGUGUAGGUUCUGUUCGGAAUCAUUGUCUGGUGAGACCCACACGAAGACCGGAUCUAGGCAUUAUGACUGUGUUGGUCAGGACAAUGUAUUUGAAGCUCCAGCUCCAUCGCCAGAUACUUCGGUAAGACCGUCCAGCAGCUCUUCGUCCAACAACUCAACUACUCCCAUGCUAUCCGGCUCUGACGCCUAUGCAGAACUUCACGAGCUUUCUGUUAUGGAACAUCUUGUUUCUGAUCCCGCUACAGAGGCACUCUCAGAUGUGCGUGAGGAAUCUGCCGUUACGUCAAAUUGUGCAUUAAAGGAAACCGGUAGUGGGCCUAACAUUAAGCGAUCUCCCAGUGACCAUGACCUCCCCAUCGUUGAAUCAACGUUUGAAAAACCAUUGGCUACUUCCCAAGUGUUUGAGCUCCAUGAGCCCAGUAGCGUCCGCCGCCGCCUGGACAGUUUCACCCUCCGAUUAUGCAGCGACUUCGAUAAUGUCGAUUGGUCUUCCAGCGAUGUCGGUUUAGGCUCUUAUGGAGAAGAUCCUAUAGACCUAAACACACUGGUGAAUGAAACAGGGCCUGACUUUCUACAACUCAGAGAUUCACUCUUCGACUCUGUCUACGACCCCGUCGAUUUAUUGCAACCUUUUUUACCGGACAAGCCUCCUAGUCUACCUUGUAUUAGUACUCCAUGA